AUGGGUAUCCAGGUUACAACGCGACGAAAAUUUGGCAGAGCCCCAGUUGGUGCAAGACCUCGUAAAAUUGUCCCUUGUGCGCGGUCAAAAAAUAUUUUCAUUUCCGCUGCGAUGUCAAGAGACGGGUUAUACUAUUUUUCUGAGUUUAGAAGUGACUUUAACACCGAAAACCCGCACCUAACUCCGACCGAGGAAAUCUUCUCUAAGUGGAAGAAUGCAGUCAAAGCACAAAACUGUGCAAAUGAGUCGGAGCUUAUGGCCAGCGUUUUGGAAUGCAGUCAUGAAAUCACACCUGAGGACUGUAGAAACUCUUACAAUCGCAUGGAAGUUUUCUUGGUGGUGAACGCCAGUUUUUUUAGGAUAAAAAAAUUAGGAAUGACUUUUGAAGUGAGAAGGAGGAGGAACACUGCUGAAGUUUUCAACAAGUACAAUCAUAAAUCCUAA